CUCUCCCUUCUAAAUCUGCAUUUUCUGCAGGCUAUGUAAAGCUCAUAAAGCAUCAAGAUGAGCAACGAAGCUUUUGAUGGGCAGAUACUGACUGAGAAACUGUCGAAACUAAACAAUUCGCAACAAAGCAUUGAAUCGUUGUCUCGUUGGUGUAUUACUCACCGGAAGAAGGCAAAACAGAUUGUUGAAACAUGGGACAAAUUGUUUAUCUCUUUCCAGAAAGAACGGCACGUUUCUUUUCUAUAUUUAGCUAAUGACAUUUUGCAAAAUAGUAGGCGAAAGGGAAGUGAGUUUGUAAAUGAAUUCUGGAAAGUUCUUCCAGAUUCUCUCAAAUGUGUGUAUGAUGAUGGUGAUGAGUAUGGAAAGAAAGCUGUAACCCGACUGGUAACAGUAUCCCCUGCUGCUGCUGCCGUGUACAAUGGAAAAGGCUCAAAUUCUAUCCAGAUAGUGAAGAGGGAUGCACAUGCAGUAAGAAUUAAAUUGGCUGUUGGAGGUCUUCCAGAAAAGAUACUAACUGCAUACCAAUCUGUGCUUGAGGACAAUCCAAACGAGGAUACUGUUUUAAACAAGUGUAAUGCUGCUGUACACAAUUUGGGUAAACUUGGGGAAAAUGUUGAAAGUAAUUUAACUCAAGGGAAUCAGAAUGGAUCUGCCUUGCUAGAUGAGCUACAUCAGCAAGAAAAUGCUCUCCAGAAAUGUGUUGAACAACUUGAAAACAUUGAAACAACUAGGGCCACUUUGAUUUUUCACCUUAAAGAAGCACUUCAGGAAGAAUUUUUCAGGAAUCAAAGUUGGUGCUUAUUCGUAGUCAGCUGCAGGUUGCUCGCGGUCAGAUUGAGCAAAGAAACAAUAUAAGGAACAGGCUGAGUUUUCCCCAUUUGCAUGGCAAUGUAACUACUACUUCUAUCCCUACAGUUGAGGCUGUUUCUGUAGGUGAACAGAACCUUCCUUCAG